AUUAGCGGGGAGUCCUAACUGCCCUACGAGCCGAAACGGGCAGGGGAGGGAAGGGUCGAAGAAGGGAGGGGAAUUAUGAACCCUCGCAAAAAUCUGACUCUCAGGAGACGGAUUUGAGGUUUCGAAACGCGCCGGCCCUUCUCCUUUUCCUUCCGCUUCUCCGACAGAGCCUCAAUUUUUCUCUGAAAGCUUUUUUGUUUCUUCCUUCCGAAGAAGGUUUUGGAGACACCGAGAGAGAGAGAGAGAGAGAGAGAGAGAGAGAGAUAGCGCGAUGCGAUUGCGGCGAGAAACGACGCCGCCCGAUGCGUCAGAGGAAGCGGCGACAGGAGGUCGUCCUCUUUGAUGGCCUUGCAAUUGCAAAUGAGUUGGCAGCCGAGUCUACUGAGUCAUAAGCGGAAGAGCGGUCCUCCUCUGGGGCUGAAGAACCUCGGCAACUCGUGUUACCUCAACAGUGUCCUCCAGUGCCUCACAUACACUCCUCCGCUCGCCAAUUUCUGCCUCAAAUGCCAGCACUCCGCCCUCUGCGAUUUGGGGCGCGACUGCCCCUUCUGCAUACUGGAGAAGCGGAUAGCGCGGUCUCUGAGGGUGGAUCUCACACUGGACGCGCCCGCGAGGAUCCAGAGCUGUCUCAGGAUUUUCGCCGAGCACUUCCGGUGCGGCCGCCAGGAGGACGCGCACGAAUUCCUGCGCUACGUGAUUGACGCCUGCCACAACACCUGCCUCCGCCUCAAGAAGUUGCAGCAGCGCCGCUCCAACGGCAAGGGGGCCGACCAGGCUGCUGCUGCUACUGGUAGUUCUACUACGGUGGUGAAGGAGAUCUUUGGGGGUGCGUUGCAGAGUCAGGUUAAGUGUCUUUCUUGUGGCAACGAGUCCAAUAAGGUUGACGACAUAAUGGAUAUUAGUCUUGAUGUUUUGCUUAGUAAUUCGCUUAAAGAGGCAUUGCAAAAGUUCUUUCAGCCAGAAGUUUUGGAUGGCAACAAUAAGUACAAGUGUGACAAUUGUAAGAAAUUGGUGGCAGCGAGGAAGCAAAUGUCAAUAAUUCAAGCUCCCAACGUCCUCGUAAUCCAGCUCAAGAGAUUUGAGGGCAUAUUUGGUGGGAAGAUUGACAAGGCCAUUGCAUUCGAGGAAGUUUUGGUUCUUUCGAGUUUCAUGUGUAAAGCAAGCCAGGAUCCACGACCAGAAUACAAGCUCUUUGGCACUAUUGUGCAUUCAGGCUACUCACAGGAGUCUGGACACUAUUAUGCAUAUAUAAAGGACGCAAUAGGUCGGUGGUACCGCUGCAAUGAUUCGUUUGUCUCGCUUUCGACCCUGCAGGAGGUCUUAUCAGAAAAGGUUUAUAUUCUUUUCUUCUCUCGAACCAACCAAAGACCAGCAUCUGCCAGCACUGCCAACACUGCCCUUGCUUUGAAUGGAACAAAGUCUAGUGAUUGCAAUGGCAGUGAGGCAUUCAGCAGCACAAAAGCUGCUCUCCCACCAAAAGCAGUGCAUGCAAAAGCAUAUUUUGAGCAGUCUUCUCAGAAGGAUAUCUCAACCAUAUCCAAGGUUGUUGAGGUGACUUCUAGCCCACAGAUGAGUUUUAGCAUUGGAAACUCUAAUUCUAAAAGAGCUCCUGCAACUGGUAAUGGAAGAGUUGAUGUUCAUAAGAGUCAAUCCGUGGAAACAAAUGGGGAUGUGGAAUCCCUUGCUUCGAAUGGAACGAAGUCUAGUGAUUGCAAUGGCAGUGAGGCAUUCGGCAGCACAAAAGCUACUCUCCCACCAAAAGCAGUGCAUGCAAAAGCAUAUUUUGAGCAAUCUUCUGAGAAGGAUAUCUCAACCAUAUCUAAGGUUGUUAAAGUGACUUCUAACCCACCGAUGAUGUUUAGCAUUGGAAACUCUAAUUCCAAAAGUGCUUCUGCAACUGGUAAUGGAAGAGUUGAUGUUCAUAAGAGUCCAUCCAUGGAAACAAAUGGGGAUGAGAAACACUCAAUUUGUAGUGAGAAAAGUGGAAAAGAUGUGGCAUCAUCCAUGAUGGUGAAUGGUUUCAACAGAACCAGAAAAGUUGGUGCUGCUGAUAGUAAGUAUAGCAAAGGAUCCACUCUAACAAGUGAAAAUGGUAACAGUCAAACUGGUGACUUUAGUUUAGUGAAACCAGAUCAUGGUGAAGGUAAUUGUACAAGGAGCAGGGUGACAAGGGGAGGGCCUGCCCACGAUGAAUUGGAAACUUGUGGCGUCCAUGACCGCUCUCAGAUCUUGGGGUCUAAGAGAAAAUCAGAGUUGGAGGGCUCUUGCAUUUUGUUUGCACAGGAUGCUCAAUCCCAGGCAGAAGUUGAAGAACUGAAAGAAGUUCUCGAGAAAGAAGCUUCUUCGAUUUUGCAAUCAUGUGGUUGGUCAGAUAACGUUUAUAGUUUCAUGAGUUCAAGGAAGAGGUUAUGUCGAGAAGCAAGAAAUGGUGCAUCAAGUUUUAGUGAAUCAAAGAAGUUCUUAAUUGCGGAUGCCAAACCAACCUUUAUUUCACAAAUACCAGAAUCGUUGAAAGAGGACCUCAUUGAACGUCUGCGAUUAUUUAGCCAAGGAAAAAAGGCAUUUUAAAGGACCUUGAUAAACUGAACAUAUGUCUCCUGACAUUGCCAGAGAUGGAGCGUGUUCUAUUAGUCUGUAUUUCUAAUUGACGUCUAUUAACAAUGCGGAUUAUCCUCUAGCUACAUAUGGGGGGGUAUGUCAUGUAAUAUCCCUUUGAGCAAGUUUUGACUGCAGCAAGAGACUGUUAUCCUUCCAUUUAUUCCUUUGCCAUUGGUGACAUCUUGUAGGUGCGUUAUCAGUUGAAUUAAGAUGAAUGUGGGGCCGACUUCAGAUCUUGCUGAAAGUUUUGUUUCCUCCUUGAGGCUGUGCAGUUCAUUUUGGUAGAGAAAAAGACUGGAGUUUUACUUAUUUUGUACAAUAUCCUUGAGCAAACAAUCCUCAUUUUAUGGAUGAUGCAUUGCGAAUUUUCCAUUAAAAUAAUCCAUAUAGUUAGUUACUGCUACCAGGUGUAUUCAUUUACUAUGAAAAUUUGUUCUCACAGACUCAUGAUUAUCCUCCAUCCUCGAAAGCCACCCCUUUCCUUUCUCCCUUAACAGUUUUCAGGCAUUGUAUUUGUGGGCUGUUGUUGUUUACAUAGAACAUUAGAACGAAGAGUGUUGUGUUUCUGCAUGUGUUUAUGGAUUGUUAAGUUGGUAAGUUCUGGUUAAUGUAAUGCGUCCUAGUUCCUUCAAGAUAGUAAAUUGUAUGGAAGCCUCUUUUUUGUUUUCUUU